CUUUAGCCGUUUCAACUUCUUCCUUCUAGCUCCACGCUUAGUUUUUUUUUGGGUUUUGUUCUUUCCUUCUUUGUCUCCUUAUAGUUUUCUCACUUUCAUAUUCUUCUCCCCAAUCACCAGUGGUAGUGACUGAUAAGAAUUCUCUAGCUACUUGAUCGUUAUAGUAUUGAAGUUUUAAGUGUAUCGUGGAUACCAAGUUUCAACAAACCGCAUAUCAGAGUGAAUUAGUGGAAUGUGAACUAGCCAAAAAAUUAUAUCUACCGGCAAUACGGAGUAAUAUUUAUACAUGUACAAAUAUGUGCCUCCUGAUUAAUAACGAGCAUUGUCAGAUUAUAUAUAUGAAUGUCAAUUAUGAUUUUCAUUAAACUCCAAUCGUGCACAGCUGAUCGUAGAAAAAUUCGUCGAUGGGUCUAAAAUUAUGUACUUUUCAACUCAUAAAAAAUGAAUUAGUGAUCCAAAAAAAUUCAAUUCAUAUUCAUAAUUAUUAUUACUGCAUAAAAUUCAUUACAGAUUUGAACAAACUAUUCCAUUUUACUCGUAUCGAUUGCAGUGUCUAUUGUUUGUUUCUUCGUUUGAAAAAUUAAAUAUUACACAAGUGUAAAUAUUAUUCCCAUCAUGUAACCAAGUGCAAUUCUUUUGCAUUUUUUUUUUUCGUUUUUGUGUGAAUAAAAAAAGAAAACAAUCAACCGUGAGUGUACAGAAAAGUUGAUGAAAAAUUUCCUCUUUCUAUCUAAAAGUUGAUAAAAGUUUUUGGUUUCUCCAAACUGUGACGGGCUUUAGGAAUAAAAAACUGAACAAUGGCAUUAAAACCGACAAUGCAUCACCUUUAUCCCACGGCAAUGAAAGGAGACACACUUUGUCCCUUGGGAUUUCAUCCCCAGGUCAGAUGGCCGACGAGGUGCAAAAGAUGCUUUAGGGACUAUAAGGAACACAUAGGAAAAAAAGGAAACUUAAAGGACACGACAGCUUCCUCACCGAGUCUUUCCCCAUGGGAACCGUCGCCGACACGUUCUACGGAAAAUACAGACCGUCGUAACUGGGCUUCAACGUCAAACCUGAGUAAAGAUGAAUCUACGAAGGUUUUCCAGCAGAAAAAUAUUUCGGAGAAACGUCAGGCUUUGGGUGGUGGCUGGUCGUCGACAUCGACGAUUGAUAAUUUGGUCGAUAAAGAUUGCGUAGCCGAAGGAAAUACUGUUGAAGUUGAUAAAUUAAAAGGCGAAGAUUCCAGUGAACUGAAAGUUAGACAAAAGAACUAUGCGGGAUCACAAUCUGACAGUUAUACCUUUAGGAGAUUAUCCAAUUCGCUUGUACUUGAUUCUGUAGCAGAUGACGGUGAUGGCGACUUUCAAACAAGUAUGCCACAAAAACUGCAAAUAAAAAGUGUUCAGAGUGUAGUUGAUGACAACAAUGACUCCGCUUCAACAAAUGCGGAUGUAGAAUUUAUUAUUCAAGUUAAGAAAUCGAGACCCACCGAGAAUGGGAACGUGAAAACUAAUGCAGGGACGACUGUCGCCAAAGAUUUAAAGAGCGUUGAUUCUGUGUACGAAAGUAAUAACAAGGGUGGAAAGACGGAGAAGAAUGAAAUUGAGAGACUUAAAGUUCAAUUGAACGAGAUGCGGACGCGUUGCGAAAAAGUGGAAAGAGAAAAGAGCGACAUCUUACUCAGAAGAUUAGCCUCGAUGGAUUCGGUAUCGAACAAAUCAUCGACUAGCGAAGUAACGAAGCUUCAAAAGACGGUGACAGAACUCCAGGGUAAAUGCGAAGUUCUCAGUGAGGAAAAGUCAGAACUUUUCUCUAAGCUGAAGAGCCUAGAGAAGGAUUAUAACUCCAAGAUAAAUCGUUCUGAAAAAGACAAAGUUGCCGAUGAACUGAAGUCUAAACUAAAAGCAGCGGAAACUCUCUGUGAAACUCUGAUGGAUGAAAAUGAAGACAUGAAAAAAGAGAUCAGGGACUUAGAGGAGGAGAUUUACGAAAUGCAGGACAAUUUCAGGGAGGAACAAGCCGAUGAAUACACUACGCUAAGAAAGGACUUGGAACAGUCCAACAAAAAUUGUAGAAUUUUGUCAUUCAAGUUGAGAAAAGUGGAGAGAAAAGCGGAGCAGCUCGAGGCUGAGAAAAAUAGUAUGGAGAGCCAGUUUGAAGGGUUAAAAAAACUAGAACUGACCAUGCGGAAAAUCAGCAACGAGUUCAAGAAUAGAUCAGCUAAAAAGGCGACUGAUUACACGACCAAAGUGCAACUUAAGAAGAUGGUCGACGACCUUGAGAAGGAGAUCGGUGAUGUUGUCACUGUCAUUUCAUCCGCUGCUGCCGGCAAAGAGAUUGAACUUCAAUUGAAUGCAUCCCCAUCUGUCAAUCAGGAAAGUGUAGGUAGCAAAACUAAUGAUAAACUUGCAAAAGAGCACGAAAUCCUAACACAGAAGCUGGAAAAAGCUUUGAGAGAACUUGCCAAUGAGAGAGAAAUCAAUAAAAAGACAGAAAAAUCUAGUGCUCCUAAAGUUACCGGAGAUCAAGAUAACAAGAACAGCUCUGAACUGCAGACUCUGAAAAAGAAGGUGGAAGACUUGCAAAGUACAAACAAAGAAGAUCGAGCUGCAUGGGAAAUCGAGAGAGUAAAACUGCACGAAGAAAAAGAAAAACUCAAGUCUAAGCUACUCUCCCUUUCAGCGGAAAAGCUAAAAGUCUACAACGAAGUUGUCCAGCUUAAAAAAGAACUGGAGUCUGCAGCUUCGACUGGCAAGGAAAGUGCAAAGAUCGAAUCAGCGAUGAACGAUUUGAAAAAAGAAUUGAACAUGGAGAAAGAUAAGUGUAAAAAUUUGCAGAAUGAUUUGAGCAACUACGUGGAACGGGAAGGCAGAAUAGCAAAGACGCUGGCGUCGAUGGAAGCCAGGAACUCGCAGUUAGAGAACGAAUUGAAGCGAGUUAAAGUGGAGCUGGAAAAUGAGCGAACUUCUGGUUCAUCUAAGCUGUCAAAAGCCGCGUCUGAAAUCAGCGAGCUUAAAAAAGAGGUAGAAAAAUUACGUGGGGAAUCCGAAAAAGCUCUUCAAGGAAAAGAGGCGGAAAUCGCAAGCUUGAAAAAGCGAAUCACAGUUUUGGAAAAGGCAGGAAUCAACGCAAAAAAGCUUAACGAGAUGAAACAGAGCUACACUGAAAAAAUAAGUAACUUAGAAAAGGAAGUUAAGAACGGUGUCGAUCUCUUCGAUGAUCUGAAAGUCAAGUACGGAGUCCUGGGUGAUUCCAGGGCGCACCUCGAAAGUGAAAACGUGAUUUUGAAAAGCAAACUUCUCGACCAGAAGCACGAUCUAGCAAGUACAGAAAAGGAGCUAAAAGCCCUGCGAGAGACUUACAACACAAAGCAGGAUGCUUGGGUGAAGGAAAAGUUAAAAUUAGAGGAAAAAUUGAAGGAGCAAGACAAAUCCUUGACAAAAUCAUCCCUUGACGAUAAAACAGAAGACAUAAUAAGACUGAAAAAAGAAAAUUCUGUAUUGGCGGAGCAAUUGGACGUUGCGAAGAAAGUUAACGAAGACCUCACGAGCAGGCUCCAGGAUUACGACAGUGUAUCAAAAAUCCAGAAAAACUGGUCCGCGGAUACUUCUGCCCUGGAGACUGAGCUUCGCAGGGCAAAAGCUGCGCUUACAAACGCUGAAAAAAUUCGCAAGGCCGAUCUAGCUCAGUGCAAAAUGCGAUAUGAGCACAGGAUAACUGCAAUUAACGACGAGAUUCAGUCGAUCCAAAAUCAACUGUCAAGAUACAAAAGAGAGCGGGAUACGUACAAGCACAUGCUCGAAGGCGCGCAGAGAACUAUAGGCGAUUUGAAAACUGUGAGAAAAAGACGACAGUCGACCACGUCGACCGGCAAAUCUGACGAGGAUGAGGAAACUGCGGCGAAUAACGUAACGCUACUGGAGAAGCAAAUAAGUUGUAUGGAAGAUGAACUAUCAGAAACUAGAUUAGAAUCUUCAAAAUUGAAGACUGAAUUAGUGUCGGAGAGGUCUGCCUGGCAGGUGAAAUUCUCUGAAAUGCAGUCGAGGAUAAACGAGCUCGAAGAGGAGCGACUUCUGUCCAGUGGAAGGACUAAAAUUCCUGGUCUCAAAGUCCGGAUGGAACUCGCUUGGCAAAAGGAACGGGAAGACCAGCAAAGGCUUCUUCAGGAGACUUCGACACUAGCUAGGGACCUGCGGCAGACCUUGUUCGAGAUUGAGAGAGAACGUGACAAGGAAAGAUUGGAGAACAAGAGAAAGCAAGACCAGGUGAAGAAAUCGUUCGACGAGGAGAAAGAGGAGAACAAAAAGAAACUGAUAGAGCUCCAGUGCGACCUUUUGGAGCUGCGUGACGCCCACGCAAAGUUGAGAACAAGCAACGAGAAGAUGAGAAGAGAGAAGGAACGACAUGAACGAGAACGUGAAGAGCUCCGGGAUGUCAUUGCAAGCAAAAGAAGACUCGAGCAGAACGAAGCUAGGAGCGUGAAUAUCAUCCUUCAACAGGUGGACGAUCUCAUGAAACUCUUCCCUGAACUCUCUGCCAAAAAUGGCAGCGAAACUUCAGGGAGCAAACAGCAAACGAACAGCGACACUUACACCCCAACACCUCCCAGGAGACUAAAGGGACCCAAAUCAAGGGAGUCUUCGCCGAUGAUGGAUUCGCGGGAAGAUAUAAGAGGGUCGACGAAAGACUUGGGUGGAAGAACGGAGAAGUUGGAAUAUACGAUCAGCAAACUGAUGGAAGUAGCUAAGGAGUUGAAGGACACAAAAAAAACUGCCGACAGUGCAUCGGCCGCCAGCAAAAUGAAGAAAUUUGGGAAACGAUCAACGUCUAUUGACAAUGACUCGUCAACUAGGGGAACGGCAGGCCCAAAUCGAGGAUAUGCUGAUAAAUCUACAAGUGCGCAGAAAUCUAGUCUAAAAAGAAAGAGUUUGUCUUUGGAACAGACUGCGGGUAAAAAUGACCAGGUUAUCUGGACCAAUGAUAGCAACGUUUCGAGCUUACAAUCUCUUGAUGGUUCUGAAGCGGAUAACUCGAGACGUUACACUGGGCAAAGAGAUUCGAGCGUCGACAGUCGAUUGUCCGGCGGUUCAACGAAAAGCGAUAUGCUGCAUCAGCGGGAUAAGAAGUACAACAAGGGGAUUAUCAGGAAAAUCACAACGAAGCUCACAAAGUCAGCUAGCAUCGAUGAUCCUAAUAGUUCAUUCGACUACUCGAUGCAGACUUCGGGAUCUGAAGCGAGUAUUAAUGAAGAUACCAAGCAUGGGAAGAGGAACUUGAAGAAAAAGUUGACGGACAUGUUCAAAAGGGGCUCAUCGAGAAGCAACAGUUUGGACAGAAGAGCGGGAGGGUCUCAAGAGUCUAGUAGACCAUCAUCGCGGAAUUCUAUGGCGUCAAAAACGUAAUGGCAACUCAUCAUGUAGAAAUAAUAUAAAUAUGUAUAUUGUAAAUGACUAUCACUGUAAAUAUACAUACGUGUCAAAAGAA